CCGUCUUUAUUAUAUUAUGUGAUGUUUUAUUACUGAUCGAGUGCUCGGAGUUUUAUCUUGAUUGACUGAAUUUCCAUUCCAAUUCAGUCGAAUCCUUCUCCGUUUUUGCUAUGUCUAUGAUCUUUGAUGUCAAUUGAAGACUUGAAUUUAAGCGUUAAGUGUUUUCUUUUGUGAUUGUGAGGGCUUAGGGUUUUGGACUUGAGCUAAAUUGCUGGUUUUUAGUUUAGUAUUCCCUAAUUUUUAUGUAUUUGUGUUUAUGGACUUGCAGUUUUGCAUGUUAUCCUUUAUUUUUUGUUAAUUCGCACUACUAAUUCUUGGAGGAAUUAUGUUACUAUAGUGAAUUGCAGAAGUAUAUUUUUCUAUUAGAUUUAGCAUUAUUCUUUUGGUUGUUCUUUCUUACUGUAAAGUGUCUGCAAACUCAAACUGAUUAGGAUGAAUUUGCAGUGAGGACCUGGAGAUUUAGAUAUUUUUAACCAGAAUGCAUAUUUUUUCUUGUUUGGUUUUAUUCUCUGUUCCUUAUAUUCCCACUAUGGAUACAGGUUUCUUGCACAUAUAUAUGGAUCCUCGAUUCACUGGGUUGCCCGACUCUGUAAGCAGUUUCAAGGUGGAGGAUGAGUUCUUUUUUUCUAGCUUUCAGCAAUCUCAGGAUAUUAUUCCUAACAAUUAUUUGGAUGACUCUCUACCUCUGGAUUUCAUGGCUGUCCCUUUGAAUCCUUUGAUUACUCCCAGUCCCGAGACUGGCUAUUUUCCUCCACCUGCAGAGUUGGACUCCCCAGAUGAUCAGGAUGCCGAUCCUGUGCUCAAGUACCUUAACCAGAUUCUAUUGGAGGAGAACAUCGAUGAGAAGCCCAGUAUGUUCCAUGAUCCAAUUGCUCUUAAAGCUGCUGAGAAAUCAUUCUAUGAAGCCCUUGCUAAGGGCCCUCCUUCACCUUAUCAUACAGAAAGCCCCGACAGCUUAUUUGGGAAUUCCUGUGAACCCAGUACAAGCAGCAGUACGAUUGGUAGCAGUAACACCGACCCUCUGUGGAUAGUUGAACCCGGAGAAUCGAAAUCAUCUUUUGCGAGCUAUCCUCCUUUCCAUUCUUCUUUCGAAACCACCUCUGAGAGGUCAAAUGGUUCUUUAGAUGGUUUUGGGGGUAAUAUGAAUGUCCAAAUGGACUCUCUUUCAAAUGCGAAUGUGCUCGCAAACAUAUUUACCGACACAGACUCCAUACUGCAAUUCAAGAGAGGAAUGGAGGAAGCGAGUAAAUUCCUCCCCGCUAGUAAUCAGUUGGUUAUUGAUUUAGAUCAAUACUCGUUGCCCCCAAAGACAGAGGAGUUGCCUCGGGAUACUCUCAUCAAGGCAGAGAAUAUCGAGAGGGACAGUUCACAUAAUUCCUCGAGAGGAAGGAAGCAUCACCAUCUAGAGGACGAUGAAUUUGAAGAAGAGAGGAGUAGCAAGCAAUCCGCAGUUUACGUGGAAGAGGAGUUAUCCGAGCUUUUCGAUAAGGUUUUGCUGUGUAAUCCUAACGAGUGUGCCUUGACUAAUCGUCCUCCUCCUUCUGAAGUCGACAAGGGCGUGCCAAACAGUGGGAAAAGCCGUUCAAAGAAACUGGGAGCCACAAACGAAGCCGUAGAUCUAAGGACUCUUUUAAUCAGCUGUGCACAAUCCGUUGCUGCUGAUGAUCGCAGGACUGCAAACGAGCAACUAAAACAGAUCCGGCAGCACUCUUCGCCUAACGGCGAUGCCAACCAGAGGCUUGCAAAUGUGUUCGCAAAUGGUCUCGAGGCACGGCUGGCUGGCACCGGGACCCGCCUCUAUGCGGCCCUAGCCCCGAAAAGGAUCACGGCUUUCGAGAAGUUGAAAGCAUACCAGGCUUACAUGUCAGCAUGCCCGUUUAAGAAGAUAGCAAUGAUGUUUGCAAAUAAAAUGAUUUACAAAAUAUCCUUGGGAGCUCCGACACUACAUGUCAUAGAUUUCGGUAUUCUUUACGGUUUUCAGUGGCCCAUCCUUAUCCAGCAUCUUUCAAGCAGGCCCGGUGGCCCCCCUAAACUUCGUGUUACUGGAAUCGAUCUUCCUCAACCUGGUUUCCGGCCAGCAGAAAUGAUAGAGGAGACUGGGCGCCGAUUGGGGAAGUAUUGUGAGCGGUUUGGUGUACCAUUCGAGUACAAUGCUAUAGCAACUCAGAAUUGGGAGACGAUUAAAAUCGAAGAUUUGAAGCUCGUGAGCGGUGAGGUGGUUGCUGUGAACUGUUUGUAUCGGUUUAAAAACCUGCUCGACGAGACGGUGGCGGUUGACAGCCCCCGCGAUGCGGUUCUAAGCCUAAUCCGGAAAAUCAACCCGAGUAUUUUCGUGCACGCUGUCAUAAACGGAUCUUACAGCGCUCCUUUCUUCGUUACUCGGUUCCGGGAGGCUCUCUUCCACUUCUCCGCACUCUUUGAUAUGUUUGACGCCACAAUCCCCCGCGACGAUCAGCAUAGGUUUCAUUUCGAGCAAGAAUUCUACGGGCGCGAGACGUUGAAUGUGAUUGCCUGCGAGGGCGUAGAGCGGGUCGAGAGGGCUGAGACUUACAAGCAAUGGCAAGUGCGGACUAUGAGGGCCGGGUUCAAGCUUCUUCCGUUGAACCCGGAGCUGAUGACCAAACUGAGCGAGAAGAAGGGUGCGGGAUACCACCGAGAUUUCUUGUUCGAUGAAGAUGGUAAAUGGAUGCUGCAGGGAUGGAAGGGCCGGCUUAUUUGCGCUAGCUCCUGUUGGGUACCUGCAUAGAAAAUUUUUGAAGUGGUUAACUAUUCUGAGAAUCUAAGGAGAAGAAUCAAGUUGGUGUUGAUGCCUCAAUUUCUCCCAUGAUUUGCCUAGUACUUGACUUUUUGUCUGCUGCAGGUUGAUGUGUUUAAUGUAGAAAUUAUCUGAUCUGUUUGUAAAACAUCAUAGUAUUAGUAGCUGUUAUAUACCACUCCAGGCGUGUUUGAUGCUUUGUUGCUUCAUCCCUGUACACGCCCAGUGGAGAAAACAAUAAAUUUUGUUUGCCCAGAAAUAUUACUCUAAUCAACUAGUUUGUUAUAGUA